GAGUUGUGAUCUGAACUCUCGUAGCGAUAGCUCGUGCAUGCCUUUCUCGAAGGAAGGGACCGAUACUAAGUAAAGUACGCUUAAACACAACCUAGACCGAUAAAGAGACAGCUCAAGCCCAGGGCCGAUCACCACCAAAAAUGUCCCUGUACGUCCCUCCUCAUCGCCGUCAGGAGGCCGCGGCAUCCUCGUCGACCGACGUCGGCUCUACCAACUCCCCUGCAUUUCAGCAGGAGGCGUGGCGGGCGCUGAGCCGCAGCAUCACCGGUGUGGUAAACAAGGUGAGCAAGGACAACCUUGUGCAGGCCGCCAUCGAGCUCUUUCGCGAGAACUUAGUACGCGGACGUGGCCUAUUGGCGCGCAGCCUCAUGCGGACGCAGCAGGUAGAUCCCGACUUGACACCUGUGCUGGCGGCACUGGUCAGUCGCGUCAACAAAGAUCUGCCCACCGUGGUCGAACUGCUGUGCCGACGUCUCGUCGUGCAGUGGAGCCGCGCCUACCUGCGCAAGGAUUGGCGCUAUGUGGAGAAUGCCAGCCGCUUCUUGGGGUGGCUCUUCCUCCUGCAGGUAAUCGAAGUCGAUCUCAUCUACGAACUGCUGUUGAAGCACCUCACGGCGGAGAAGCGCAGCGACGAGGACAUCGAUCAAGCCGCGAAGCUGUUCCGCGAAACGUUCAAGAUGAUGUCCUCGCGGGAGCGCCGUUCUUUCCACGAACAAAUUCUCUCCCCGUUUCGAGAUCUGCUUGCGAUGGACGAUGAGGCUUUUCGGCUGUCGACGCGCUCCCAGGCGGUGCUUGAAUCUUGCCUGAAGGAGGUGCAGGAGUGGGAGCGGCGGAAGGAGACGGAGGAGGUCAUCCCCGAAUACUUGGUGCUCUUUGACCUUGACAGCCAGGAGACGCAUGCCCUGGACUUGGAGGAGAAGUACCCUACAGAGGACGCGCUGGAUCGCUACGCAUUUGAUCCGGAUUACGACGCGCAUGAAGAGCAGUACGAGGUGGUACGCAAGACAAUUUUGGGGGAGGAUUGGGAGCUGGAACUGCUGCAACAGGUCGCCGACGCCGACGAGGAAGAAGAGGAAGGGGAGGAGGAGGAGGAACAGGCCGAAGGAGACGCGGAGGCCCGAGGCGUUGGAGGGGGCCACGGUAGAAAAGGAAAUGAUAACAAUGGUGAUCGCAGCGGUGCCGCGCUCGACGCAUCCAAGACGCUCAUCGACGCCGAGGAGCGCCAACUCCGCCGUGAAGUUUACCUGGCGAUGCGUAGCAGCAUCCGCGCAGAUGAGGCGGUGCACAAGAUCCUCAAGUGCAUGAAGCCACAAACAGAGCGUACAAUUUGCUUUAUGGUGAUCGAGGGCUGCUGCGAGGAGCGCGCCUACCGCAAGAUGUACAGCAUGGCCGCGGAGCGUUUGUGUAAGAGCAACGCGCGCUUUCAAGCCUUCUUCGUGGAGGCCUUCCACGCCCGCUACGAAAGCGCGGAGGACCUGACGCUGAAGCAGAUCGACUACUCUUGCAAAGUCUUCAGCCACCUCCUCCGCACCAACUCGAUCUACUGGAGUCGAUGCUUGAGCUGCUUAGACAUCGUCGCGAACAAUGAGUCGCAGCGUCUCAUGAUCCAGUACCUCUUUAAAGGUGUGGCAGAGGAGAUGGGUAUGCCUGCGGUGCUGGAGCGCUUUCAGAAGGACGAAGAGCUGCGCUGGCACACACAGAAGCUCUUCCCGCUGAACCAAGGCGCAGAGGUGUUGGAGGCUGCGGUGAACCUGUACGUGGCGAUGGGGCUGUCGGAGAUGGCGACGCCACUGCGAGCUGCCCUGGAAGAGGAGCGGGCGGCGCACAAGCGAAGCCGUGUCGAGCACGGUUAA